UUAGGUGGGAUAAUACCUCUCCAAGCCUUAGGGUUUAGACGAAGAUGGUGAAUUGUCUGUUGAAGCCUAAGUGGUAAAAUGUUUUUCCUCCACAAUUCCACAGCCUUUCUGCUACUAUUAUUUGCAGUCUUUGCGCUUACCAGCUCCAUUAAUUCACAGGCAGAGCCCACCCUCAGACACAAAGAUUGUUAUGGAACAACUGGGACCGCCAACGCCAGUUUCAAUUCCAACCUCGCAAGUCUGUUUGAAUCUUUCCUAUCUAAAGCUUCCCAAAACUACAGCUUCUACAACGAUAACUCUAAUAUUGGCACCUACGGCCUCUACCUAUGCCGAGGUGAUGUUUCUAAUGAAUCCUGCAAAAGCUGUGUCAGCUCUGCGAAACUAAAAAUCAUAAAUCUGUGUCCAUCUAGUACAGAAGCCAUCAUAUAUGGUACGAUGAGUGCACGUUACGGUAUGCCGAAGUUAAUUUCUUCGGUGAGCCAGAUACUGGGCCAUUGUUUAUCACGUAUAAUAUGGAGAAUACUACCUCACCUGGCAAAGAUAACAAUUAUGCACGCGCUUUGUUCGACCAACUAAUUGGGCGUGUCAAUGAAAAAGACAGGUUUUUCGAGACUGAUGAACAGAUAGUGAAUAUUGGUGGUAGAUCCUUGCCAAGCUAUGGGUUUGUGCAGUGUACGAGAGAUCUUAAUGUUAGCUCAUGCAGAGAGUGCUUAAACGACUUGAUGGUUGAAGCUGAAGAUUGUUGCGAAUCCAAAAUCGGGUGGCGCAUUUCAGGCCCAAGUUGCUCCCUGAGGUAUGAGAACUACUCUUUAACUGCGUCACCACCAGCACCAUCACCAUCACCACUGCCGCCGUCCCAAUCCCUGCCUGCAGCACCACAGCCGAAGCCUGAUAAUGUUCUUCUACAACUGGGGUUCUCAGGGUCUAUCUUUCCACAAGUUCCCAGAGAAUACUCUCUGACAGUGAAUGAAGAUCUCUCAUCUUUCAUUGCAUCUUUGGCAGAUGGAUCAAAAGUUGUCAAGUAGA